GCGUUUUCUCCUGUACUCUACUGGAUUGUAGGGGUCAUUCAAAAGCGAAGAUGUUGUCUUCCGGUUUGUUGACUAUCAUUCUGGUAUCACUGGUUGUGAGUGAACAAAGACAAGCCUUUAAAGCGGCUGUGUACGAACAUGAUGUCAUUCUACCUGAACCAAGAGCAACUGAGUUUUCCCGUCAAGAGGCAAUUGCUAUUACAAUGAAGAACCUGGUCGUCUUUAACCAACAAGCAAUGGUGGCAGCUCAAGAGAGUGUCGAAAUAAUGGUGUUCCCCCAAGGUGGUUUAUAUGGAAUGGGCUUUGACCGACGCAACAUCACACCAUUUCUAGAAGCAGUACCCAUGGUUACUAAAGACCUUUGGAAUCCUUGUACCCAGUCCACGAAGCAUGCCAGUACAAAAAUACAGUUUGAAUUGAGUUGUAUAGCUCGUAACAACUCUUUGUUUGUGGUUGCCAAUCUAGCUAGUAAAGCAAUGUGUGAUGGAGAAGAUGAUGACUAUAAAGAUGAGAACUGCCCAGAAGAUGGUUUCUAUAUAUACAAUACUGUUGUUGUCUUCGAUAACAAUGGAAACCUAAUUGCCAAAUACAACCAAUUUAACAUUCCGCACAACUCUGUAUUCGAUUAUCCGCAUAUGUCUGAAAUGGUAACUUUCGACACACCGUUUGGAAUUUUCGGUGUAUUGAUGUGCAAUGAUUUGAACCAGUUUGAUCCUGCAGUCAGAAUGAUUGAAGAAAUGGGGAUCUCUAAUUUCGUCUGCUCUGGUUCAUCAAGUGAUAAUCCACCAUCUUAUGUCACUAUUAGAGAACAAGCUGGUUUCGCACGAGGAUAUGGGGUGAAUCUUUUAGCGGCCAAUGUCCAUAAGCCACUAAUGAAUAAAGUAGGCAGUGGUAUAUUCACUCCUGACCGACAAACAAGGUUCUACUAUGAUAACCGCCAGGGAAGCGAUGGUCGAUUGGUUAUUGCAACCGCCAGAACCCUGCGAAAACCAUUACGUCACAAUAUACCGGAGUAUACAACUAAGUUGCAGUCUAAAGGUCCCAGUCCUGAUACUUUUGUAACGAAGGUGAACGGCAUACCUUAUACAAUGUCCCGACUUGAUAAACCUCAAGGGACAUUCAAACUAUGCCACAGUGAAAUAUGUUGCGAAUUAGAAUACAAAAUUAGUUUACGAGGUGGAGAUGAAUAUGUCUUUGCUAUUCAAAAUGGGUAUAUACAUGGUGGAAACAAAUAUCUUUUCUCACAAUCCUGCAUCAUCAUCCGUUGUGUCAACUCGACGGAAGAGGAAUGUGGUAUUCCUCAAAAUUCAGCUCACUCAUAUUUCACACAUCUUCGUAUCAAGGGAUAUUUUAGUACCAAGCAUGUCUACCCACAAUUCCUAGUGAAUAACCGCGGCCAGUUGGAUGUCGCUCCUGUUAGAUUUCAUUAUAGCGAUGGUGUAUUGUGGAGUCGGCAAGUAACAUUCCCACUCGAGUCUGCUGGGUUCAUUGGUAGAAUAUUUUCUCGUGAUGGAGUCAAUAGCGCUUCAAGCGCAUCCUUUUCAUUGUUUUUAUUAUUUGUAAGUUUGUGUUCCCUUUUAUUUAUUAUGUAGACAUGCAGUGUGCAUAUUUUUUUACUUGGUGUUUUGAUAUUAGUUGUUUACUCGUGGUAAUUACUCGUGUCAGGAUGUACUCAGUGGUGAUAUGACGAACUUUACCUAAACUUCCGACUCCAAAUGAGUUUAAUUUCCUGGAUCUCUUUCUUUCCUUCUUACUAAACUACCUGCACUGAUAGGGCAGCAUCUUUCACUCAUUUAUGGACAGUUAACAUGUUUUACACAUCCAUCAAUCGAGUCAAGCAGGCUCUUCUGCAUGUACUUCCGGUUAUAAUCGAUUCCUUCUCACGGCUUGUGUAAAUAAUGCCUAAUGAUUGUGGUCGUAGGUUAUUUGUUAUUACGGAUGUCCUUGAACAGAUUUUCUUUAUGACUAACCAUUGCAAAUCAGUAUGAUAUAUAGACUAUUCUUUAAUUUGUUAAAUCUUAAAUUGAAUUGAAAAAUUAUGAAUGAAUAAAUUUGUUUUCAGUUAAUUGAUGCUAU